AGUAAUUUAUACUAAUUUUCUCUCUUUUUCAGGAAAAACAUUAUCACUGUUAAUGUCGUGACUGGAUGCUAUUUAUUUAUUUUCUGAGAAAUGAAGUUGUACUUUGGGCAUCUGCAUCUUUGGCAUUUCCUUACAGUUCUUGAUUGUGUUUUGCCAAGUGCUGAUGCAGUAUAAAGCUAUAGAUGACUUUGAUGAGCUUGUGGUGAGUAACAAUGAUGUUGUGCUCAAAAAUAUCGCUGAAGAUUUGCGGAAUCGUUUACCCAUCGAGGCAAUGUUUAAUUCAGAACAUCAAGCUAUUCAGAAAGUUUUGUUCCUCUUCUCAGAUACACCAGCAUCCACUGCCCAUGAUUCAUGUUGAUGCAUUCCUUUAUGAUGAUGAUUUUGUUGAUUCAUUGUGUGAGGAGGGAAAAAUGAGUAGGAGCUACUGCACAGAGUGUGGCUCAUACAAGACUGCAUCUUUAGAGUUUAUUUCGCAUUCCUUUUCCCUCAUGGAACUGAAGUUUCUUUAUCAACAUGUACUGCCUGACCUGACAGGAAAGGUAGUGGUUGACGUUGGCUCCAGGCUUGGUGCAGUGCUAUUUGCGGGUUAUCUUUAUAGCUCAGCAUCCCAACUGUAUGGAGUAGAAAUGAAUGCAGACUUUUGCCAGUUGCAAGAAAUGAUGAUUACAAAAUACCAGUUCAUUGACAGAAUAAAGGUGGUUCACGCAGACAUCUGUACUCAGGCUUCACUUCUUCAGAAGGCUGAUGUUGUUGUAAUGAAUAAUGUCUUUGAAUAUUUUCUUGACAGACAGGAACAGGCCAGAGCUUGGGAAUUUAUUGCUUGUAAUGUAAGGAAAAGAGGGUCCUUAUUAGUGACAGUUCCAAGCCUUAAAGAAUCGCUCUCAAAGCUCCAGACAGACAUACAGCUCAGCCAAUGGGUCAAAGAGAUGGAGCUAAACUAUGAUGUGUAUAUGGAAAAGGAUGUUGACAGAGAAGCACUUGAACAAAUACAUUUAUACAAGAUUCUCUAGUACCUGCAAAAAUUUACUGAUAUCAUUGUAAUAUUUUGGACCUAAAAUGAAUUUGGAUUGAUUUGUAUGAAUAAAUCAGGUCAAAAUUCUUACUGUAAUUAAUCUGAGUCGAAUCUGUGGUUUGUAAUGAAAAAGUCUUUUGAAACAAGUUUUCUUAUGGAGGCAUUCUGUCUCAACAGAAGUAUAUUAACUUUUAACUAAGAGAUAGCCUUAUGGUUUAAUUUUUGCAGAAAUGUUAGAAAGUGGCUACAUACUGAUGCUAGAAGAAUUUUUGUUCACUAGCAUUGUGCACUGCUCAUGUUUGCUAAAUAUAUCAAACCUAAGAAUAGCGAAUCUAUUAAAGUGAAUGAUAAGAACGCAUUUAGCAUAAUGUUAAUUAAAAGCUGCAGUACGUUAGAGUUUGCUGGUUUGUUUUGGUAUAGACUAUUUAUUAUUAUCAGUAAUAAUAUUUAUUAUUAACAGCAUUAUCUUUAAUGUUCCUCCUAUGGAAUUUGUAGGUUUUCUUUCCAGGGUCUGCUUGAUAACUAGAGCAUCUACUGGCAUCAGUUAUGAGAAGCAAGUCCUUCCAUUUAGUUGUCCUUAAUGUGGCUAUUAAUGUAAAAUACUGAAAGACACCAAGGAGCCAUUGAAAAUUAAUACAGCAAGUCUGGGACGACAGAACUCUGUUCCACUUUCUGCACUUCUGCUGGGCAUGGUAGGAAGUGUAAUAAGGGGUUAAGAAGCUGAAAAUUCUGAACAGGUGUCACAGCUUAGCAGAGGCUUGGUGGUGGCGUAAAACAUUGGAAAUUCGUAACAGAGCCUCCUCAGAGAGAAAAGAUCCACAUACGCCCACCACAUUUAUAUUUAGAUUUUACAUUCUCAGGAUGUGAAGCUUUUAGUCAGCUGAAGAACGUUAUGGUUUUUAGCAAACAUUAACAAUCCAAGUGCAAAAAUACUAGGAGUUUUGGACUAAGUGCAUUGUGAAUUUAGAAGCAUUGUUAGUGUCUAAAAGUUUGCUACACAACUUAUGUCUAGUGCAAAUGGGAAAACUUUAAAUUGGAUUUCAGUCUUCAAAUGAUUUACAGGUCAGUGAACUUGAUAGUAUAUGCUGUAAGCAAAAAGGAGCAGUGGCCAUUAGGCACCCACUAACAUAGUAAGCAAAUGGUACUGUAGAAAGGAUAGUGAGUUUUAAGAAGUCUUAUUUUUCAUGGUCUGUUUGGAGUGGAGGAGGACGUUUUAACUUGAAUGAUACUGAACCGCUGCCCAAAUACUGUGUGAAUCUAUUCUUCAUGCAUUUAAAAAUGAACAAAGAUGGAAAGCUUUUCUCUAAAAUGUUUAUUUUAUUAAAGUACAAUAACUGAA